AUGGCCGACUCAACGGCAACGGCUACGACAGAAAAUACAACGUCGAAAUCCUUCGGAAAUCAGGAAACGUGUACCAUUGCUCGAACAAUGUCUCGUCAUAAGAAUUUGUAUACCUCAUGUUUUUCUUGUUUAACACCGUUUUCUAUAAGUUCUUCAGCGCAUAGUGUAUCAUUACCUUUUUCAGUCAAUAUUCACCCUUCAUUAAAACCAAACCAUCAGCGUUAUUCUUGUUACGAAUCGUGCACUCCUGUCGACAACAUUUCUUCCUGUUUUUCAGAAACUGAUGCCAGUACCAUUGUGCAUUUAGUUCCGGUUAUAUGGCUUAAACCUCAUGAGCAAUGUUCUUAUGAACGGUAUCUUGAAGUUUUCUUUAAAACAAUUCAAACAAUGGCAUAUGAUUAUCCCAUUAUUGUGGAUCAUAACACAGGAGUCAUUCUAGAUGGCCACCAUAGGUUUCAGGUUGCGUUAGCAUUACGUUUAGAAGUCAUUCCUGCUGUUUUAGUCAAAUAUGAAACAGAUACAACAAUUCGUGUGGUUCCAUGGAAAACGAGUCACAUCACGUCAACAUUAUCUUCUAAAGAACCUUCUUUUUCAUCACAUGCUAUUCAAGAUGAGAAUCAUGUGUUCAAUCCAUCGGAUCAAUCAUUCUUUGUAACGGAUAAUUCAAGUGAAUUCAUUAACUCAUCAAAAACGUUCAAAUGUUCAAAAUGCAAUCCUGAUUUCAUGACAUGUCCGAUUUCGAGUACUAAAAAAUGGGGCAUUUUCUCUAAAUGUAAUCAUAAUAAGAGUUCUUGUUACUAUUUUCCAGACUGUCCUAAUUUCAAACGAUUCAAUACAUUGUUAAACCCCACUUCUAUUGAUUGGUCAUUAGACCAACGUUAUCAAACACUUAAAUAUAAAAAAUAUUUUCAGCAGAUUUCUGUUUUCGAAAAACAAAAUUUCAGCAGGUUACUUAAGCAUUUAGUACAAAACAAUUUAAAUUUCUUUACAUCUGAGCACCGAUCCAAAUUUAAUAUCUUUUUCACUUCCCGAAUAGAUGAAUCCGUGUCGUCUUUAUUAAAUCAAAAUACUAACACACUUUUAACAAAACAAAGUACAGAAUCCAUCCAAAUGUCUAUAGAAAAAACGUCAAAAGUACCUUCAUCAGAUAAUUUGAGAACACCUUUACUAGAAAUGUUAGAAAACAAUUCACCCACUAGUUUUUCUUUUAAAGACAUUGAUCACUGGUAUAAUGUUUUGUUUAAUAAAAAUUCAGUUAAAUCUGCAUCUAUCAUAUCAAAGGAAAAUGUUCUUAAGGCUGGCUUAUCAACUGCACUUUUUCCACCCAAAACAACACGCCAUUUGUUUCCUGAUAAAAUGUUAUCAAGUUCUAAAUUUUUCUACUUGUAUUCAUUAUUUUAAAAAUUUAAAAUAAAUCAAAACUUGUUGUUUUUUUCUAAUUUUAUAAAGUAUUAAUUUUCAAGAAAAUGUGUAUUGUGCUUCAUUUAAAGAAAAAAAAAUUAUUUUUUUAUCUCAAGAUAAAAAAAACUAACAGUAUUUUUUUUCGUUAAAAUUAGUAAUGCUAGCCAAUUUUUUUUUCUUUAAAUAAUUGGUAUACAAUCGCACAUAAAGUAUUUAAUAAAAAAAUUAGUGGUCAUAGCAUUUAAAAAAAAUUAUUAAACAUAUGUAAAUUUACAUGUCACUUUUUCUUGGUCACGGAAUCUGCGAGUGGUGAUUAAUUAGUGGCCUUUUGUGUUAAACACACAGUUUUUUUAAAGAUGAACCCCGAAUUUGUGUUUUUAUGAGACGGGCUUCCGUAUGAACGUACUAUCCGUACAAAAAUAAUUUGAUGAUUCGAACUAAGUAAAAUAUUUGCGUUUGAACGUUUUCUUGAAAUAUGAAAUAAACAAAAUGGAAAUGAAAUGUGUUUUUGUUAAAGAAAAUUAACUUGUAGUAAAAACACAAGCGUUCGAAUUGCCAAAUAUGUUUUUAAAAAAAGGCAGCAUUCAUGCGCGAUUGGGUUGAUACUAGGAAAAAAAAAUCGUUGUGUUACGGUAUAAAGGACAACAAAUUCAGCUAAAAAAAUUUUGGUGAUAAAAUAAAAUGAAAGGAGUGUUUGCUGAAUCUAUUAUAACAUAGUAAUAAGAAGAUACUUAAAGGUCAUUCGUUUACAAUGGACACAACAAUGUUAAUCGUGCUUAAACAAAAGUUGUUUCAAAAAAGAAUAGUUCAUUCAAGUAGGGCAACAUAGCGUACUGAAGUCUUUGUCGAGUGAACGAAUUCCCGUAACAGUUUUAUAGUCAGCUUUGUAGGUACAGUCACCAGUGAAACGGGUUGACAAUAACACGUACAAUGUAAUGGUUUAAAGGAAAUAAACGGGAACCAUCUAUUUUUUUUUGUUAGGUCAUUAAAAAAUUCAACGUGUGGUGUACCGCGCAUCAUGUCGUUAAAAAAAAUGGAAAAAAAAAAAAAGACGCAAACAAACAUAGAGCCAGCUGACCCAGUCGUUUCAUCAAGUAGUGAAGUAUGUAGUGAUAGCGAUGCUGUUACUUAUUGCCCUGAUAUAACUUUGAACAAUCCCAUAAUUGAGGAGGAAUUACAGAAAAAAUCUCUCCUUCGGUCGCAUAGUUACUCGGAUACGGAAGAAAAAGUCAAGAAAGAGAAAAAAUCUACUAAGGCUAAAAAAAUGAUAAAAAAAAAGGGUCUGGCUGGUAUCGCUAAAUUAUUUAGCGAAGAUAUUGCCGUUGAAUCACUUAAACGUUUUAAAGAAAGAGGAGUGAAGAUUAAAAAUAGUAUGCGUAGUUCCCCAUGGAUUCUUAGCUUAUGUGUGAGUCUUGCUAGUUUUGGUGUCAUGUGGGGAGGUUUUUUUGGUGCUGUUGGAUAUGUGUUCUCCUUUCGUUUUAUAACCGCUAUUAUAAAACUUUACCAAGUGUUAUUUGCCAUGGUGUGCUUAAGUCUUGAAUGUGCGCGAUACGUUCCAGGUCUUCAAAUUAAUUCCAUAUUACAGCAAUUAGCUCCCAUUGUUCGAUUAAAUAUUGGGCGUGGUUGUUUACAAAUAAUAACAGGCAUAUUAGCUGUGGAUCAUCAUCCGGGAAUUGUUGAAUGGCUUCCCGGAAUUAUUUUAACAACGAGUGGUUUAAUUAAUUAGAUGAUAGAGGGGAUACAUCCGGAGAAUUCCGUAAUGUUUUCAGGGAUUCCAAAUUACAACAAUCAUCCGAGGUGGUUUUUCGUGAACUUCAUACGAAAUUUAAGGAAUUAGAUACGGAUGGAGACGGAAAACUUUCACAAGAAGAACUUUCUGCAAGCUGUAAAACCUUGAAUCUAUGUAUCAAUGACGAAAAACUCACAAUGAUAUUUCAAAUACUUGACUCUGGGUCAAAAGGUUACAUUGAUCUAGCAGAUUUUGAGGCAUGGUGGUAUCGAGAAAAAAGUCUUUUAACAGCUAUGUUAGUUUAACAUUUUUUAAUUCGUUAAUUAUUUUACCUUAUUAUAAUAACUAAUAAAAAAAAUUAAUUUUCGAAUAAUUGCAACAGGAAUUCUUCCUAUUGUGAUUAUGGUCACUAUUACAAUUACGAAACAACAGUAAAAAUUCUA